ACACUUUGCACAAGAGGUGUGUGCACAACGAACGAGAGUUGGCAGCGGUGAGCAGCUUUGCGUCCUGCCGAAAAUGAAGCUCUUCGUCGCGCUCUUGGCUGUCGGGCUGCCUGCCCUGGCCGCCGCCCACUCCUGGAUCGUCUGUACGGACUACCUGGAGAACAACGGCUGGUACUGGGAUGCUGCCAAGUGUCGGGCCUGGCCAAGAAAUGCCAAGAGGUACGACCUUCGUGACAGAGUGUUCGGGACGUCGGGUGGCUUUCUGCAUCGUCUGGACGACCAUCCCGAGAUAAAACCACUGUGUAGAGACCCGAGAGACGACGCGACCAGUUACGAGCUACCCAUGGCGGCCUACUACCUGGGACAGACGGUCGUCCUCACGCACCCUAUAAACAACCACGCCAACGACGCUACAUGUAACAUAAGAAGCCGUCCGGACACAGAGAACCUGAUGUUUGUAGUGGACGGAGACGAGGACCCCUGCUGUAUCGACUCGGACAAACUCAUCCAAAUUUUCGAUAUGGGAGUGUCUCCUUAUGGCCCUGACAAAUAUAGCGAUGAAGAGCUUAGCACAUUUCCAAAGGUCGGCUACCAGAACGCGCCCAAGUUCUGUGAGGAUCCUGAAGACGCCAUGGGGACCUACAACUUCACCAUUCCUAUGGAUCUAAAACCAGGUCGCCACACGUUCGUCUGGAAGUGGAUCCGUGUUCCUUCCGUCAUGCCCUUCACCACGUGUUGGGAGGCUGACGUGUUCGCCACCAAGGCCGAGAGAGAUGCGCAGUACCAGGCCACGGGCCGGACUACCGAGGACAUGUGGGACUUCUAUCAAGUCAACAACAUCGUGGACGGAGUGAUCGUGGAUCCUGUCGUGGAUCCGAUCAUCUCUGGCUGAACAAAAACACAAGGGUUGUUAAGAAAUAAAAGUUUCAGAGACGUC